AUGGAGAACGAAAAGUUGCAGAAAAAUUUUGGUAUUGUAGAUGGAGUGCACUCCAAGUCUCGCAACAUGCAAAAGUUUAGGCUCUACGAAACUCGCUCGAGAUUCUACAUGAUUGGAAGAGACAAAAACAGAACAUUUUGGAGGGUCUUAAAAAUUGAUAGAUUGGAGCCGUCUGAGUUAAUUAUUGUAGAAGAUCCAACAUUAUACACAGAAACCGAGUGUGGUGACAUUUUGAGGUGUAUACAUGAAGGAAACAAGUCCACAGGCGGGCUUAAAUUUGUAACAACUUGCUAUGGAAUCAUAGGAUUUAUCAAAUUUCUUGAGCCAUACUACAUGCUGCUUAUAACAAAUCGGAAGAAGAUUGGCACAAUAUGUGGACACGCUGUAUAUGCAAUCACAAAGAGCGAAAUGGUUCCAAUUCCACAUCCAAGUGUGCGAUCGAAAUUGGCAUAUUCUAAGGAUGAGAACAGAUACAAGAAGCUUCUAUGCAGUAUGGAUCUUACAAAGGACUUCUUUUACAGCUACUCAUACAAUAUCAUGCUAAGUCUUCAAAAGAACUUAUGUGGUCAUAAUUGUAUUGGACAAUCACUUUAUGAAACACUAUUUGUUUGGAACGAGUUCUUAACUCGUGGAAUCAGGAACAAUCUCCAGAACACUUCCUGGACUGUUGCCUUAGUCUAUGGCUUUUUUAAACAGGAAAACCUUUCUAUAUCUGGGCGUGAGUUCAACAUGAUUAUCAUUGCUAGACGCUCAAGGCACUAUGCUGGUACCAGAUAUUUGAAACGAGGAGUCAAUGAAAGGGGUAGAGUAGCUAAUGACGUUGAGACAGAGCAGAUAGUUUUUGCAGAUGCUAGUGAUGGAUCCCCAAUGCAAAUCAGUUCUGUAGUGCAAGUACGGGGUUCAAUCCCUCUCUUCUGGUCUCAGGAAUCCUCACCAUUGAAUUUAAAACCUGACAUUAUACUAUCACAUAAGGACGCCAUGUUUGAAGCCACGAGACUUCAUUUUGACAAUCUUGUUAAGAGAUACGGAAAUCCCAUAAUUAUAUUGAACUUGAUUAAGACUUAUGAGAAGAGGCCCCGUGAAACUAUUCUGCGAACCGCGUUCGCUAAAGCUGUUAACUUUAUUAAUCAAAAUUUGAGCGAGGAUGAACACCUGAGGUUUCUUCAUUUGGAUCUGAAUCGGCAAUCAAGACGCAGCGAGGCCACAAAUGUGCUGUUGCAACUGGGAAAAGUGGCCGCGAUUGCGUUGAAACUAACUGGCAUCUUCUACUGUCCAGUGACACCAAACACGUGGCUUGAGGGAUUAUUCCCAUAUUCCUACUCUGAAAAUAACAAUGUCUAUGAAACUGAUGCGGUAAGGAAUGUAACAUCUGUAAAUAGUAGAAGCAAGUUUCAUGUUGAUAAGGAAACAAAAGUUGGCAAUUGUGAUUACAAUGGUGAUGAUGAGAACAAAGAUUACAGUGUCAAACGCAAAACACUUCAAUCAGGCGUCUUGAGGACAAAUUGCAUAGAUUGUUUAGAUCGCACCAAUAUUGCGCAGUUUGCUUACGGACUAGUUGCACUUGGACGUCAGUUACACGUGUUAGGAUUUAUUGAAGACCCGCAUAUUGAUCUUGACAACUCUUUGGCAACAGAAGUAAUGAAAGCUUAUGAGUCCAUGGGAGACACAAUAGCAUUUCAAUACGGGGGUUCUGCAGCACACAACAAAAUAUUUUCUGAAAGAAGAGGUCAAUGGAAGGCAGCUGCACAAUCCCAAGGACUUAUUCGAACCAUACAACGUUAUUACAACAAUUCAUGUUUGGAUGGUGCUAAACAAAAGGCAAUAAACAUAUUUUUGGGGCAUUUUCAGCCACAUCAGGGAAAACCAGCACUAUGGGAGCUUGAUUCUGAUCAACAUUACAAUAUUGGAAGUCAUGGCCCAAAUUUAGCAGAUGGAAUUGUUGGUAGGCCAUUUAUUAGAAGAUGGCAAUCAGACUACAUUCUCGGUGAAAAUGACGCUACGAUUAGGAACUUGCAUGCUCCAGACUGUCAGCACUCAUCUAAAAAUCCCGAUAAGCAAUCACUUUUGGAGUCUACUUCAGACAUAUUCACUUGUGAAAGUUCUAUUUGUCAUUGCUGGAAAAUUCAUGGAGGAGUGGGCAUGGACCAAUAUUGCAAAAGCGAUCACAUUUCUUACGAGGAACAUGAAGAUGCAUGUGACUACUCCAAUUUCCUUGAUGUGGACUGGCUUUCUUCUUCUGGAAAUUCGUUAGAAGAGGAACUACUUGAAAGAUCAAUCAGCAUCUCCUCAGACAAUAUUGUGAGUGAACAAACAACUGAGGUGUCUGCAAGUGAAUCUGGACCUAUCUUGAAGGAAAGGCAAAGUGAAGAAGAACUCAACAAAAAUGGAUAG